UGUUGAAUGUGCAGGGUAUUAGACUGGGCUGACAUUAAGUGCUGAUCGAGCUCGUUUCCUUCGAGCAGUGUGUGAGCCGUGAACACACACUCCGUAAGUAAGAUCUGGAAGCCCGUGAGAGUGUGUGCCUGGAGAAACAUGGACGAAGUGUUAAAGAGAUGCAGAAUCAGCAGUCGCCUGGUUAGAGAAUGUUUUGCUGAGUUUCUUGGGGUGUACAUACUAAUACUGUUUGGCUGCGGCUCAGUCGCUCAGGUCACGACUUCGGAAAACACUAAAGGAGAAUAUUUUUCCAUCAAUCUGGGAUUUGCUCUGGGCACGACAUUUGGUAUUUAUGUGUCCAAAGGAGUCUCAGGAGCUCACCUGAACCCUGCCGUGUCCCUCAGCCUGUGUUUCCUCGGCAGGUUCUCCUGGACUCGGCUGCCGUUCUACGUUUUGUCCCAGAUAUUCGGUGCCUUUCUGGCCGCAGCCACUGUCUCUCUGCAGUAUUACGAUGCCAUAAUCCAUUACAGUGGCGGGUCCCUUACAGUGAGCGGUCCCAGUGCCACAGCAGGAAUCUUCUCCACUUACCCUGCAGAAUACCUGAGUGUAUGGGGAGGUGUCGUGGACCAGGUGAUCGGCACCGCAGCCCUGAUGGUGUGUGUUCUGGCUCUGGGUGACAGCCGUAACGUUCCUGCCCCUCCCGGUCUAGAACCCGUGCUGGUGGGAGCGGUGGUCAUGGUGAUCGGAGUCUCCAUGGGCUCUAACAGCGGUUACGCAAUCAACCCGGCACGAGACAUCGGCCCUCGGGUCUUCUCCUGUAUUGCCGGCUGGGGCGAUGAGGUGUUCAGGGCCGGAGCUGGGUGGUGGUGGAUCCCCAUAGUGGCCACUUGUGUAGGCGGACUGGUCGGCUCUCUGAUUUACCAGCUGCUGAUUGGUUUGCACCAUCCUGAACUCGACGCUACAGAGAACCUGACCCUGGACAAGGUGCAGGACCUGGAGCUGGAACAUUCACAGAAAGAGUGUGAAAAACAGGAGUCGUUUAAAGUCAUGCAGGAGCGAACCACAUGAGGUCCCGUUCACCCGACAUACUGGGGAGAAAAACAGUCAGUUAUUGAUAAUAAGUUAUAAUUGAGCAUUGAUAUAAAUCCAUUCUUCGUCAUACACACAAGUAAAUAAACACUAAUGAUUGAACUGUUCCUUAUAAACUUUCACAAGCUGGUGUUCAUCACCAUCAGAGUAAAAAACCCCUGUGACCGCUAGCUCAUAUAACGUUAAUGUUAUUAUUAUUUUUUUAUGUAUUACAAUUUAUAGACUAGUCUAUAAUAACUUUAAUUCCUGAACGAAGGAGUCGGAUCAGGUGAGAGCACAUUUGUAUCAGUAGUCAGAGGUAACAUCGUUUUCUGUCUAAUGGAAAUGUUCAGAUUUUCUGAAUCUUUCUACAACAAAUGGACCACGUCAGGCGUUCAAGUCAAACUGGGACUUUUGAUUGCGCAGAAUAACAGAACACAGUUACAAGAGUAAAAACUCUCUUUAUUUCUCUAUAUAAUCCCCUGAUACACUAAUGCACUGAUCCCAGAGUUUCACUAGCGCUCGGACACCAUCAAGGUAAAUAAAGCAUGAUCAGACCGUCUGCUUCACAUCUGAAACGCCGGCCUCCCAGGAACUCCUUUAACAGUCCAAACUUGUGAAAAUGGCUUGAAGCGAAGUCCGGACUGUACGGGGGACAUAUGGCAUUAACUCCAGAGACAAACGUCUUCCACAAGUCAAGUUAUCCAAUGAUUUUUAAAGAUCAGGCGUUCUACUCGUUCAUGGGAACGACUGCAGUGGGCUAAGUGUCUCAUCACCGUACUGGACUCUUCUAUAAAUGUCAAGCAGUUUAAUGCCUCAAUUCACCAGAAAUGUCAUAUGUCCAUAUAGAAACGGAUGAAUAGUAUGUGUAUGUUGGUUUUUCUUUUUAAUUAAUGUAUUAUAUACUAAGCUUUCUUUAUUCAAUCCUUUAGUGAAGUUAUGUGGAAAUAUUUACUUAACCCAAAGCAAACUAAACAUUUCUGAUGGAUUCACAAAUGUUUCAAAAAUGUUUUGUACUCGUUUGUGCAUAUUGUGGAAAAUUUUAUUGGCCUAUAAUUGUAGUCAAGUGUGAGGUACGAAAUACCCAGAAGGCCUCUGUUCAACAGGCCGUGAUCCGCUCGUUACAAUAAGAGAGAAGGCGCCUGGACGACAAAUUGGGGAAGUGAGAAAUAUACAGGUAGACGGCAGGGAUAGGAAACAAAGCAAUAAGUAAAAAUGAUAAUACUAGGAAAAAUAAUAAUACUUACAAUAUUCACUCCGUUUUAUUUUGUUUUAUAGCUGUUUACUCAUAACUAACGAUAAUUAAGCAGAAAAGUAUGCGAAGUGUGACCCGAGAACAACCCGUACACACAGAGAGCAAGAAAUAAGGAACUUUAAAGCAGGCAGAUCAUAAUGGAAAAGUGCAGAAAGUUCUUUACCAAAACAAGAUUAACAGAGACACUUAGGAAAAGUUCAAAGAAAUAACUUUCAGUUCCGUUUUUUUCUGGAAACAGAGCACAGAUGGCCAGACUUCCUGUUUUAAAGCUAAAAAACAAAGAGAUGAAUAGUUAAUAAUCACUUUAUAUUAUACUACAUAACCAAA